UUCUUCUCGUCGCUGUGUCCUCAAAGGUUUUUGUUAACUUCAGAAGCAGGAAGUCUCUGAGCAGCUCCGUGUCUCUGCUCCUCUGUUUGUCUCGCUUCAUUUCGCCGGUUGUCGGAACGCGAGGAAGAAAAGUCCAGAGGAGAAGAAGAAGAAGAAGAAGAAGAGGAAGAAGAGGAAGAAGAAGAAGAAGAAGAAGAGGAAGAAGAGGAAGAAGAAGAAGAAGAAGAAGGAGAAGAAGGAGGAGAAGAAGAAGUGACGCUGUCACGGUGAGAGGUGGAGACUCAGCUUCACUCUCCGUGUGUUUCUGUUCGUGCACAGCCACAGAUGGAAGAUGAUAUUGAAAGCUGAGGAUCUUGAAGAAUUGCAGCUGAUCUCCAGGAUGAAUCCUUCCCCUUGUUAUAUUUCCUGCUGAAGUUACAGCGCCAUGAGCCAACAAGGUGCAACUCCAUCACUAUGAUCAUGUUCUUGUGAUGAAUCUCCGGCUGCUCUUCCCAUAUCCCGUUCCUUUUGUCCGUGACAAAGCCAGGUGUGUUUAUUCACAGCCGUCCCUCCUGAUCCCCUUUGUGCUCUUGAAGUGUCUGGACCAUGAUCCGAAGGAAAGGCUCCCUAAUUCUGUGUGGAAUGCUCCUGUUUGUCACGUGGAAUGCCAUACUGGUACUUCUGCUGUGGGGCAGACCCCCACCCGGGCAGUCUGACGUUCCUGGCCAACAGCACGAGGAAGUGGCGUCAGAGCCGACAAAUGAUGUGGUGGGAGAUGUGCUGCGAAUGGCAGGCUCAUUUGAAGCAGAGCUGGAACUGCAGAAACAAAUUCUGAUCCAGAUCCAGAGACAUCACUCACUGUGGGAGCCAUUAAACAGAAACCAUCCACAGGUCAGAGCCCCCCCCGAGCAUGUCAUCCCUGUCCUGGUCAUUGCCUGUAACAGGGUCACUGUGAGGCGCUGCUUAGACAAACUCCUGCAGUACCGUCCUUCAGCAGAACGUCAUCCAAUCAUUGUGAGUCAGGACUGUGGACAUGCUGAGACAGCUGAGGUCAUUCGUUCCUAUGGAAAUCAAAUCAUUCACCUGAAACAGCCGGAGCUGUCGGACAUUGCUGUGCAGCCAGAGCACAAGAAGUUUCAGGGUUAUUACAAAAUCUCCAGGCAUUACCGCUGGGCUCUCAGCCAGGUUUUCAACACCCUAUCUCAUUCCUCUGUUGUGGUUGUAGAGGACGACUUGGAGGUGUCGACAGACUUCUUUGAGUACUUCAGUGCUUUACUGCCACUCCUGAAAUCUGAUCCCAACCUGUGGUGUGUGUCAGCUUGGAAUGAUAAUGGCAGAGACGGCUAUGUAGAUCCAGGGAAGGCAGAUCUGCUCUACCGGACAGAUUUCUUCCCUGGCCUCGGGUGGAUGCUCCUCAGGGAGUUGUGGGAGGAGCUUGAGCCAAAAUGGCCGCCGUCUUUCUGGGAUGACUGGAUGCGUCAUCCAGAGCAGCGCCGCGACCGUGCCUGUAUUCGCCCGGAAGUCUCUCGGACUUUAACAUUUGGUCGCCAGGGUGUAAGUCUGGGUCAGUUUUAUGACAAGUACCUGCGUUACAUUAAACUGAAUGCUGAAUAUGUGCCUUUCACCAAGCUGGACCUGAGUUACUUGAAAGAGGAGACGUACAGAGAAAACUUUGAAAAGGAAGUUUAUAGUGCACCUGUGGUUUCAUAUGAAGCUGUGAAGCAGGGUCAGCUCAAAGGACCUGGACCCUUUCGACUUCAAUACUCAAGUAAGGACAGUUUCAAAAUCCUGGCUAAAAACCUGGGAAUCAUGGAUGACUUGAAGUCUGGAGUCCCAAGAACGGGAUACAGAGGAGUCGUCAGUUUCAUCUCAAAAGGGAGGAGAAUCCACUUGGCUCCUCCUCCAGGAUGGACCCAGUAUGAUAUCACCUGGAGCUAACCCAGGACAACGCCUCUGUGCACUCGCCUUUCAGUCAUUUCUGGAGCAUUUCAGACCAAAGAGCGACGUCUUCAAAUACUCAGGUGGAUCCUUUUUUUCCUCUUCUGGUGAAGGGAUCGCUGCCAAUGCUUCUCAGGUCUUUUUCAUUUUUACAAACAUUUCUUACAGUGUAGGACACAUAAACACCUAAACACAUUGUUUAACAAAACUGCUGUAAUUCACCAGAUGUCUAUUCUUAUAUUAUGCAAAGUGUGCACAUGACAUUCAUUAAUGCAUUCACUGCAGUUACCCACUUGUUGCCACUAAGUUAUUUACAAUUUGUGAUCGCCUAUGUGAACGUCUUGGUACGAUCCGUUAUAAAGAUGAAAUCAUGUGUGGUGUGGUUGACUGGUCACAGCUGCAGUAUCAUUGAUUGUAUAAUCUUUUGAUUUUAUUUUUUUUAAAUGACUCUUCAUUGUUUUCUUAUAUGAAGCUUUUGGAAACUUCAGCAUUUUGGUGUUGCUAUAUUUUUGGAAUAAAAAAAGAGUUUAACCUGA